AUGCCGCCGCGAAUAAAUAUCCCGCCUGUCACACGUAUCCUCCUCAUUGCGCUCCUUGGCCAGUCCAUUCUUAGCGCUGCGAUCCGAUAUCGACAAUGGACCGCCGAUGCUAAUAUCGUCAUUCCCUACUUGACGCUGGUCCCGCAGCUGUCCAUCAUAUAUCCCUGGACCUUUAUAACGUCAACGUUCGUCGAGAGCAAUGUUUUUACGCUCAGUAUCGCUGCUGUCACGCUGUACCAUGGAGGACGUUAUCUUGAGAGAGCUUGGUCGUCGGCCGAGUUAGCAAAGUUCUUGGCUAUUGUGUCGCUGGUUCCCAACUUCCUGACACUCUGCGUUAUGGUGCUUUGCUUUACUCUCUCACGCAACGAAAGCUGGACCUUGACUGUUAUUGCCGGGACCAUUCCAGUGCAAAUCGCUUUCCUGGUCGCCUUCAGUCAACUCGUCCCAGCGCAUACCGUGACACUCUUCCGCGGCGUCGUAUCUCUCCGAGUUCCUCGAUUCCCGCUUCUGUACAUCGGUAUCGUCUUCCUUCUGUCUCUUACUCCCAUUCUGAACAGGGCCUCCUUAUGGCUUGCCAUCUUUGGAUUCCUUACCAGCUGGACCUACCUUCGAUUCUACAAGACCGUAUUCCCCGACCUCGAUUCCGCCCAGGAGGCAUCUCUCCGUGGUGACGCGAGCGAGACUUUCGCCUUUGCCGAGUUCUUCCCCGGUCCUGUGAAGCCAUUUGUGGCCGCUGUCGCUGAUCAGAUAUUCCUGGUGCUGGUGGCCAUGCGAUUGUGCACGCCGUUCGCGCAAGCGGAAGCUUCUCAGAAUAACACUCGAAUCCAACGCAAUGCGCCCGGUGGUGCUCGUGCUGAGGCGGAGAGAAGGAGAGCUAUUGCUCUCAGGGCGCUGGACCAGAGGCUACAUGCCGCAACUAGCAACCAAACUGCACAGAAGCCGUCGCAGCCUCCCAACCGACCAACUGGCCCAACAGUGCAGAGCCAGCCUCAGCCAGCUACACAAACUGCCAUGACGUCGCAACCUGGCCCUCUGCUCGGCGAGACCAAGUUUGAGCCCGACCAUGACGAUGCAAAGAGCUGA